AUGCCAUCAACACCUCUCCAACCACCAGACCACCCCAUCGCCCUCCGCCACUCCCACCUCCUCGCCCCAGCCCCAGACCGCCUAACAAAUACCCCCACAACCCUCACAAAAACACCCCUCUCUCCCCGAACAGCCUUCACCAUCGCCCAACUCCGCAAAGACGAACCCCUCGACAGCUUCCGCCGCAGCACCCCCCUCUACACAGUCAACGGCCGCGUCUGGAGUAAUUCCCAACAACGCGAAAUCCGAGAUGUCUCCGGCCGCCCACUUCUCGAACUACGCCGCAUCUGGUGGCGCGGCCAGUGGAUCGUUAAACGAGCCGGCGGCGUCGGCGAUGAACUCCUCUGCGCGGAAAUGAGAUGGGCUAUCGGGAUGAAAAUUGGCGCCAGAUCCCGGCCUCGAACGGCGCAGCCAGUACCAACACCAGCACCGGCGUCCGGACCUGGGUCAACUUCAGCCUCGGCUGCGGCGGCGGCAGCCGCAGAAGCAGAACGCAGCGCAGGAACAGGAACAGGAACAGGAACAACUACAGCAACAGCAGGGCCAGGACCAGGACCAGGACCAAGACCAGCCCUCGGAUCCGCAUACAACCGACCAACGCCAACCCGCCGCCGAACAAUAAGCAACUACCCCCACGCACCACCAAUAGCUCGGGAUGCCCCACCCCCAUACACUGCAACAGCAGCAGCAGGUCACGCAACACACAGCGACAACGACAACGACAUCACCUCAAAUUCAAACGAAAACUCCAACGACAGCACAACAUCCAACACCCCCAGCGCCGCAUCAAGCAGCACAUCCCUCUCAAGCACCGACACGGACAGCGACACAAAAAGCCGAAGCACAGUCCUACCCUCCUACGAAAGUGUCCGACGAAUGCGCCGACACUCCUCACACCACAGUCUCCGCGACUUACUCGACGCAAUUGAACCGCCGCAAGAGCCCGCGCCGGCAUCCGCGGCCCCGUAUCCGACUCAGCGGCGCUGGAGCGAGAGUUGGACUAGUCUUGACCCCCGGGUUGAGCUUAAGGUUGUGCAGGCUAGUUCGACGGUUGCGGAGGUUAUGAUGGGGGAGAGGAAGAUUGUUCAUGUUAAAAGGGGACGGGUUUUGGAUAUUGUGGGUUCUGGAAGACGGACGAGGUGGGAGGUUGAGAUUGCUGAGGGGGUGGAUUUGUUGUUGGUUUCUUGUAUUGUGCUUAUUAUUGCCGAGUCGCAGUCUGUUAGACAUGAGAGUCGGUAG